AUGGAGAUUAACACAGACCCCAACUUUGACAUAACCGAGUUUAAAGAUAAUCCUCUCCUUUUCGCGGAGGAAGGGAUUCACAGGUAUUGUCGGGGUGCGUUUCACCCUGUCAGUCUCGGUGACGAAUUCAACAAUGGCCGGUACACAGUGCGCCAUAAGUUAGGCUUUGGUGAAUCUUGUACAGUGUGGCUUGCAGAGGAUAACCAACCAAGCUAUGUGUGGCAUUCUCAUGGUCCAUGGGUCGCUUUGAAGAUAUUGGCCGCGCACAUCAAGGAGCCGAGGGAAAUUCGAAACCUGCGAUAUUUGAAAGAAAAGACAAGAGACUACCCCUCCAGCAAGGGUAUCGCUAACUUGCUUGACACCUUUCUGGUCGUUGGUCCGAACGGAACGCAUCAUUGCUUGGUAUUUGCAUCCUUUGGUCCCACCAUUGAAUUGAUUCAACAGUCCUUUAUUGACUUCAACAACUACGGUCACUAUCUCGAAUUUGCCAAUACUAAGUUCAGUAACUCGACUCAUUGUGACGCAAUGGAAGCUUCGACUAUACAUCGAAUUGCUCAGAAGGUUUUGGUGGCCGUGAAACUGAUGCAACGCUUGGAAAUGUGUCACGGAGGUGAGUUUGUUUUUCCCAUGAACAGUCUAAAGUCCAGUGAAGAGUUGCGGCGUAUUGGCAAUGUUACUUACAUGGCAGUAGGUAUCAGUGGUUCACACAUUAUCAUCGACUAUAGAUCCAGGUUAGCGUAUACCUCUAGAGGAGGAUUCUUUGAGAUUCUCGGAUCGCCGCAGGCGGUCCCCUUAGAGCGCCGUGACGGGAUGCUCCUGGAUCCCGGGCUUCCAAAAGAACUUAUAGAAACUGCCAAAUGGCCAGGAUAUGCCGAGAGCAUUUCGGAUAGCGCCCGUCUCAUUGGCUUUGGAAAGAGUUUCCUCCGCGGAGAGGAACCUGAUAACCUCAAGCAACCAGUGCAUCUUCGAUGCCCCGAGUCUAUCAUUGGGGACAAGGUCGACUAUCGUCUUGAUCUGUGGCAUACGGGAUGCUUCCUAUAUCAACUUGCAACACUGGAACCUCCGUUCCCUAUUCCGCUCAACGAUUAUGAAUACAUAAGGAGCAUGAUUGGGUUUGUGGAAGACUUACCAACAGAGUGGGAGUCAAAGCUAGACGAGCUACGAUUGAUUUCCGAGCAAACAUCUGCACUGGAAAGGGCCCGGGCAACGGAAGAACAAACAACAGACCUAACAGCCACAUGCAGAAGCUCCAACCUCAGCAGGUUCUCUAGUGUCAUACCGCGCCUAAAGGACGCUUUUGUCGAAAAGGCAAGUGACCCGACAAUGGCUCGCUUGCUGCCGAUAAUUGACAGGCUGCUACGAUUUCGGCCGUCUGAUCGCUUGCCACUCCAUGCGCAGACAACGCCAACAGACUCAAGUAGACGGGGAUUCAUAGACGAUUAUCCACUGGAAAUUCGAACUCAACGCGAACAAGAGCUUCCGAACAGUAGUGAACGACCACAUCUUGAGAUACCUGAGGUUCAGGAGGCCUCUGAGCGGCCGCAAUUUGAGGCUCCAGAAGAUGCUUCAGGCUUGCCAGGGAAUCAUGAGCAACAACAGCUGCCAGACCAAGAUGAAGUAACAAAUUCACCGGAUGAGCAGGGCCACCAACCGCAAGAACUAUCGCACCUAUCUCAGAAUCCUCGACAGGUACAACCAGAGGCCCCAGCAGGGUCAUCCGAGCUACUUGUCGGUCAUGAAGUACAGCAGGCACAGGCUUGUCAAAGUGCCGAGAAAGACCAGUCAGGGACGCAAACAGGGACACCGGGAACACCGGGCCUACUGAGCGACCACCAUGAGGAUCAGUCCGCUUCACCAGAAAUCUCUAAAAAAGAUAAGCUGGAGGCAGUGGACGGGACAUCGGACCUAUUCCACAAUCAGGAAGAACCGCAGCCAGAGGCAUCAGAUGUUUGUCAAGACACCAAUAAAUCCCAGUCAGAGGUGCAAACAGGUGAAUUGGAUCUGUCGAGUGAUAAUCAUGAGCAUCAGCCGGCGUCGUCUGAUAUCUCUAAGAACCUUGGAAAAGAACAACUGGAGGUAGCGGAUGGAACACCAGACCUACUCCAGAGCCAGGGAGAACCGCAGCCGGAGUCAGAGAUUCCCGAGUGUUCGAAGCAGUCACAGCUAGAGACUAUGGAGGAUGCAGCAGACUUCUUGAUGGACAGUCGACCACAAGAGCCCGGAGGUCGCAAGAGAUUUCGUUCACGUCUAGAAGGGUUGCUAAAUCAUGGAUGGAGGCCAUGGAAGAGGCGCCGGAACUCUUAG